CCUUCCCCUCCAACUCCCUCCCUCCCUCCCUCCCUCUCUCUCUCUCUCUCUCUCUCCCAAAUAGCUAAAAAUGGCUCUCCUCCAAAUCCACACACCUGCUCAUAGCAUAACCACCACCCUCUCCCCCAUUCUCUCCUUUCAUUCCUCAACACCUCCUCCUCCUCCUCCUCUUCACCUUUCUCUUCCUCACUCCUUGAAAUCCCACCACAAAAACUCACUCUUUUCCACCACCAAGACCCCACCUUUCUCACUCUCAACACACCCAACAAGGUUGCUUUGCCAACCCCCUCAGGGCACGCAUGUUAGAGAAGACUAUCUUGUGAAGAAGUUGUCAGCUCAGGAGGUUCAGGAGCUGGUAAAGGGAGAAAGGAGUGUACCCCUUAUCAUUGAUUUCUAUGCAACAUGGUGUGGACCCUGUAUUUUGAUGGCCCAAGAACUCGAAAUGCUUGCUGUGGAGUAUGCGAACAAUGCAAUGAUUGUUAAGGUCGAUACAGAUGAUGAGUAUGAAUUCGCACGGGACAUGCAGGUGCGAGGCUUGCCAACACUAUUUUUUAUCAGUCCAGAUCCAAAUAAAGAGGCAAUCCGGACUGAGGGGCUUAUCCCAAUACAAAUGAUGCGGGAUAUAAUUGAUAAAGAUUUGUGAAGAAGCAAGUGAAACAUUAGUUCCCAGCCAAAAAAAAGAAAAAAGUGAAACAUUAGUUUGUGAGCAGACAGAUUUGGAGGCCUCUGAUUUUUGCUGUUGAUGAUGGUAUGAUGGUAUAAGCCUUUCAGUGACUAAUUUGAGUUUUUCAAUAUUAUAAUUUGUGUAACUGAGAUACUGCUUUAGAGUAAAAAAAAAAAUUGUGUAGCUAUAUGAUGUAUGAUAGAUAGGUGGUAGGAACGUUUGCAUUCGAGAAUUUAUGUGCAUUCUAUUAAAAGAGGGGGAUGAUAUAUGUCUCAACCUUAUUCUGCAA